UGGUAACAAAAUCUGCCCUGAACCUGACAAUGACCACGUUCAUCGUGCCUUAGCCUUUACAGCCAGCGCCAUCAGUUGCAGUCAAAAUAUGAUUGGAUAUUAGGACCUGUCUUUACUGUUACCAUACACGUAGAUAUAUAGCAUGGCCCACAAAUUCUCAUCUUUUUCUUUCGUCAGUUACGAAUGCAGAUAGAUAUAUAUGGACUCCAUCUCUCAGUUUGAAGAACAAGAUCAAGAGGUGGGCUAGGAUACAACUCCGAAGUGGUGAACAAAUUAAAAAUGUGGUCUUUAUUGUAUGCUAUUAUGGUUCUGUAUAUUCCUAUGCCAGUUUUGGAUGAAUUUGAUGAUUUACUUAUAGAUCAGUCAAAUGGAAAUGGUUAUUAUGACGAAGUCAUUCCAGACGGCUCUCACGAUCAGUUGACACAGUUUCAGCUUCAAGGCGAUGAGGCUGAUGAAUGGCAACUCCCGCUGGUUCAAUGGUUUGAAGAGCAACUUCAUCCUGAUCUCAAAUUGUCUUUUGCGUUGAACAGGGUAUUGCAUGCAAGUACUAGCGCGUUCCAGGAGAUAGCUCUGUUGGACACAAAACACUUUGGAAAGGUUUUGGUAAUUGAUGGGAAGUUGCAGAGUGCUGAAAGAGAUGAGUUCAUUUACCAUGAAAGCUUAGUUCAUCCUGCUCUUUUACUUCAUCACUACCCGAAAACAGUAUUUAUCAUGGGAGGAGGCGAAGGGUCGACUGCAAGGGAAGUUCUGAGGCACAAAGACAUAGAGAAAGUAGUCAUGUGUGACAUUGAUAGGGUGGUUGUAGACUUCUGCCGUGAACAUUUGACAGUAAACCAAGAAGCCUUUAAAGACGAAAAGCUGGAAUUAGUUUUUAAUGAUGCAAAGGAAGAGUUGCUGAAGAGGAGUGAGAAGUUUGAUGUUAUAAUAGGAGACUUGGCUGACCCACUUGAAGGAGGUCCUUGCAAUCAUCUCUACACAAAAACCUUCUAUGAGGAAGUCCUCAAGCCCAAGCUCAACGACUCUGGCAUCUUCGUCACUCAAGGUAGUUUAGCUGGAGUCCUCAGCCACAAGGAGGUCUUCACUUCAAUAUUCAACACCUUAAAAAAUGUUUUCAAGUAUGUGGUAGCGUACACCGCUCAUGUGCCUUCCUUUGUAGACACCACCGGCUGGGUCUUGGCUUCAGAUGAACCACUGAAGUUGGAUGUUCAAGAAUUGGACAGUAGAAUCCAAGAGAGAAUAAGAGGGGAGUUGCAGUAUCUUGAUGGGGCAUCCAUUGUUUCAUCCACUGUUAUGAAUAAAACCCUUCAGACAUCAUUGGUGAAUGAAACCUACAUUUAUACAGAAGAAAGCCCGAGGUUUACUCAUGGACGUGGAAUCUUUACAUAGAGUGAGCGGUGAGCGCAUAAAGGAAUAAAGCAGCUAUAGUUCUAGAGAAUUUCAGUUUGGCAAACUUUACAUAUGUUAAUAUAAGCAGCACCCGGUUUCCCCCUUUGUUUUUGGAAGGGCUAUGUCUAUCUGUGAUUGAACAGGAACUUUAAUACACCCACCCAAGCCAACUGCCCUUGAUUGAA